UAUCAUUGAAGAUUUUUUCUCUUUUUAUUUAAAUAUUUAGAACGUUUAGAAUCUCGCUGACGUAUCUGUCGGCAAUUAAUCUGUCGAUAAUUAAUCUAAGUAAACUUGAUCCCAGAAGUAUAUCAAGUAGGUCAUUUUUACAAUUAUCCUUAUCGUUGCCAGUAAAAAAUGGAUUUUAGCACUCUAAUCUCCGUCGCGCAAAAGAAUGAAGUAAAAAAACAGCAGACUAUUCCGUGCUACCAAACAAAAUUUACACCACUGAAGAAACAGUCUAAGCAAUCCAAAACUCUUUCCGAUAAUAUCAAGAAAUUUUUAGCUCGGAAAGAAGAAGAAGAAAGGCAGAAAGCUCUAGAGGAAAAAAGAAAAAAGGAUAAUCUUUUAGCUUUACGAGAUCAGAAGACCCAGAAUCGGAUAAAUAAACACUUGAAAGUGUGUAAAGCAGCGAAUAAAUCAGUGAUUGAGGAUGCCAUUGACAGUGAAAAUACAGCUAUUACUAUUGCAGGCCCGUCUCAACCCGAUGAAGAUGAUUAUGGAUAUGAAUCUCAGGCAGCUUCUGAAUUGUACAAUCAACUUAUGAAUAAAUAUAAUAGUUUACCUCCGGAAAAACCUCUUUUUAGUACUAGUGAAAGAACAGUGAAAGAUAUUGCAUCCACAAAGGACAGAGUAAAACAAGCUUUGAAACAGCAAGAACUUGAAGAAAGUAGCGGACAUAGGAAAAAAAAGAGAUCGAACGUUUCAAAUGUAAAAGAAACUGAAAUUGAGGAAAAAGUAGGGAAGGACAACAAAGAAGUUAAUAAAAAAGUCAAAGAAGUUAAAGAAGACAAAGACGAAAAAGACAAAGACGAAAAACCCAAAGCGAAGAAAAAACCAUCGCUACCACCACCUAUGGGUUUUGCGGAACUUUUAAAACUCGCCGAGGUAAAGCAACACGAACCUGUAGUUAUAGAAGUUAAACCGAAAGUCGAAAAUGAACGACCAAUGACAAAACGUCAAAAAAUGGAAUAUAUGCAAGAAAAAGAAAGGAAGGAGCAACGUGAAAAAAAAGUUUUAGAGGCAAAUAAAAAGAUAAAUACACCUAGCAAGCUUGAUAAAACACAAUUGAACAGAAUUCCUAAAGCUAACGGAAAAUCUGUAAUUUCUAAUUCAACACCGAAUAAAGUUUCUAAAUGUGCUACAACCAUUCCUAAACAAAUCACUGAUAAAUUUAACGAUAAACAUAAUAUCGAAAAAUCAAAUUCAAACAAGAGCUCAGUUCAGAAUGAAUUAUUAGAGGAACGGAAAAAGAUAGAAGCUGAAAGAAGACAAUUGGAGGAAAUGCGACGCGCUAUCGAGGAAGAGAAAAAGAAAUUAGUACAAAGUAAAAAUAAAUUGGAAAACGUUAAAUCUGAGCCUUUUGACAAAUUAAAUACAACUAAAUCUAAAUAUAUAAAUAAGCAAAUAUCUAAAGACAUUAAACCGCGACAAUUACCACCUUCGGAUUUAAAGUUACAAUCCACAUUAGCUAAUACUAAACCAAAACAGUUUCCACCAUCUGAUGUUAGGUCCGCAAGAUCUAACACAAUUAUCAAAAAAGCAUCCAAUAAAAGACGUAUCUUUGAUGAUGAAGAAGACGAUUCGGAUUUAAUCGAUUUUAUAGACGAUGGGCCAGAAGAUAAUGAAGAAGAUUACAGUAAACAUAUUAGCGAAAUAUUUGGCUACGAUAAGAGUAAAUAUAGAAAUAUUGAUGACGAAGAUGAUGCUGUUAUGGAAAGUAAUUUUGCGCAACAAUUAAAGGAAGAAUAUAUAUCUUCAAAAAUAGGAUAUAUGGAAGAUUUAGAGGACAUGCACAUGGAAGCACUAGAGAAAAAGAAAAAGGCUGUUUUGAAGAAGAAAAAGAAAUAG